AUGUCAAAUAAAGAACAACUAUUCGUUAUCACCUCAAAUAAAUCGGACAUUAAAUUGUCUCUAGAUUAUGAGUAUGAACUCGAUCGCAAUCAAGAAUAUGAAUUGGGAUUAAAGUAUUUCUCUGUUUACAAUUCCUUUAUAAAUAUCAACGAAAAUAAUAACCAAAUAAAAAUAUCAACAGAUAAUGGAGUUACAUUCAAAACCAUAAGUUUACUACCAGGAAGGUAUAAUUACGCAGCCAUUAACGAAUACCUAUCUGAAUAUGGAGGAAGUGUAAAUAGUAAAAACAAUAUUGAAUUCAAAGGGACUGUUAUAAAAGCAUCUAAACCAAGAUCAUGUACCUUAGACCCUUUCCCAACUAAUAUUCUAAAAGAUAAUCUGCCUGACAUUAUUCCUGUUAUUACUGAUAUUGCUACAUCAACCGUUCCAGAUAUUUUUAAGAUUGCUAAUGUGACCCCUUUGAUUAAGAAAUCAACACUGGAUCCCAAUGUUUUAAAGAACUACAGGACUGUCUCAAAGGAACAUUGGGCCUAUAUUGUACAGUGUACUUGA